AGAUGUCACACAGUGAGAUGUUUGGUUCGUUAAACAGAAAAUUAAUCUUCUCGAUUGCUUAGAAAGUUUCUCAAUGGGAGGGGACGCCACCAGCCUUGAAAAUCGUCUCCUCCAUCGACCAAGUGAUCGCCACCUCGUUGGAAAAAAAGUGUCAAGGACGCGAUAAAUCGCCAAUUUGGAAUUUUAAGCGUAAUUUGGCCGAUUGGUCCUCGACACGACCUGUCGAUCUCCUUAAAUGGAAACGAUAAUUCCUACGAUUAAAGAGCCUCAUCUCGAGAACCGAUUGGCCAAAUUUGAAAUCACAAAUUGGCGAUUUGUCAGAGGAGAGGAAUCCAUUUUCUAUUUUCAUCUCCUCUUCCUUUUUUUUUUUUUUCUUUUUUUUAAUUAUUUACCAGACACGUUUCAAUGAGAUCAGCGAUUCAACGAUACUAUUUUUCCAACAAGAUAAUCGUGUCAAGAGAUCAAAUUUGUGCAAAGCUACACGAUAAAUAGAGUAUAUAAAUUCACGAAAGUGGAAUCAGUUCCCGCGAGUGAGUAAAGCGAAGAGAAGAUGGGCGAAUUUAUCUUGUUAUUCGUUCUCUCGAUCGUUUCGUUGUUCGUAAUCGGUGCAUCGGGAUUUUAUAACUGCGAGUAUAUAAACAAUUGCAAUGUGUGCACGAAUAAUGGAAGCUUGGUGAAGGUUAGAAGGGACGUGGACACGAUAAAUAUUUUCGAAUUGAAUCUAACAUCUAUCGACGAGAACACGUUCGAGGAUAUAACGUCCAUCAAACUGAGCUUCAGCAUCGGUAACAAUAUAUCCAGAGUGAAGAAGGAAUCGUUCAAGGGAUUGGAGAUGUUGAAAGAAUUAGAUCUGAGCAACAACAUGAUACCACUCUCGCCGUAUCUCUUCUCAGAAUUGAAACAGUUGCGUUUGCUGAUUCUAAAAAACAACAAGUUCAAGGAAAUACCCAAAGACUCGUUCGCGGGUAUACCCAGCUUGAAGAAACUCCACUUACAACGUAAUUACAUCCAAUUGCUCAACAAGGAUUCGUUUUCGGGAUUGUCCUCGUUAGAUACGCUUCAACUGGACAAUAAUAGAAUCUCUAAUAUAGAUGCUGAAUCUAUGUGCCAGAUACCAAAAUUGGAAGAGCUUCAUCUGAUGAACAACACGCUCACGUCUAUCCAGCCAGGAUCCUUGACGUGUCUGCACGAUCUGAAAUUUAUUAAUUUUGCGUUCAAUCGGUUGACCAGGUUAUCCAAAAUAGAUUUUGAGGGAUUGACAAAUAUAGAGAGCAUGAAUCUGCGCAACAAUCAGAUAGCCAGUAUCGAUCCAGAGACGUUUUCACAUAUGAAGAAAUUGCAAAACUUGUUUUUAAGAAACAAUCAAUUGACCACGAUUGAUUCUCGGCUGUUCAACGGCUUGACCGCACUGAGUUGGCUUGAAUUAAAUGAGAAUAAGAUCGACACGUUAGAGUCUGGUUGCUUUGCUGAUCUUAACGAGCUGCGUAUAUUGCAUCUUGAAGAUAAUAAUUUGACCGAAGUGGACAGGGGGAAGGUUGGACUGACCAAUUCGACUGAUCUGAAUAUAUUCCAAGGAAACACGACUACGAGUACAUUUAAUGAAGAGGAAGGUCAAAUAAUAAUUUUGUAUUGGUUGAUAAUAAUGGAAGGAAAAUUAUGAGAAUUUUAUAAUCGAAAUUAA